UCAUGGACGACCAGUCUUUAAAAACCGCUGUGAGAGAACCUUUCCACAUUUCGUGUUGCGCGUAGAGGAGCUUUCACUGCAGUCAUGGCAAGAACAAAGCAGACCGCUCGUAAAUCCACCGGAGGCAAAGCGCCCAGGAAGCAGCUCGCUACUAAAGCUGCCCGUAAGAGCGCCCCAGCCACCGGCGGUGUGAAGAAGCCUCAUCGUUACAGGCCCGGUACCGUAGCACUGAGAGAAAUCCGCCGCUAUCAGAAGUCCACUGAGCUGCUGAUCCGUAAGCUGCCUUUCCAGCGUUUGGUGAGAGAAAUCGCCCAGGACUUCAAGACUGAUCUGCGUUUCCAGAGCUCUGCCGUCAUGGCCCUGCAGGAGUCCAGCGAAGCUUAUUUGGUCGGCCUGUUUGAGGACACCAACCUGUGCGCCAUCCACGCCAAGAGGGUCACAAUCAUGCCUAAAGACAUCCAGCUGGCUCGCCGCAUUCGUGGUGAACGCGCCUAA